GCCGGCCGGUAACCUGCGCGUACGCAUUCACGCAGCGAUCAGUCGCUUGCGCAUACGUGUCCAACACUCAAGAAACUAACCAUCACAACAUUACAACUUAGAAACAAACUAAUUUACACCCUAACACAGUAAAAACAAGUGUCAAAUUCAAUUGUGAGAAAAUAGUGCAAUUUAUUUAUUUAUCCGUUUGUGUGUCAUCUACUACGGAACAUCGAGGAAAAAAUCCAUACUAAACCUGGAAAAUUUCGACCGCUGUUAUGACGUCAUUGACACGAGUCACACGACUAAACAAGUAGCAGAUAUCUGGAUAAUAUGUAGUGUGCAGUCACCAUUAGUUGGGAAAAGAGGUCUCAGAAUCUAAAAUGUUAUAUUGAAACUAUAAAGCAAUUACCAACUUUAUUGUUGAUAGUUUAAAAGUCAUUAUCCCUUAAAUCAAAGCUGAAGAUAAGUAUAAAAGAUGAAGAACUACUUGAAGUCGAUGUCGAGUUUGAAGCUGUUGGUGCUGAUCUCGUUGUGGGUGGCGCCGCUGGUACCGCAGCCGACGGCGCCGGUGCAGCUGAGCGGUGGCGUGGCUCGGGGGACGGUGGCUCCUGACGGCACGUACCUACAGUACUUUGGAAUACCGUACGCUACUGUGACACACAGGUUUCAAGAAGCACGGCCGAAUCCGAAAUGGGAGGGCGAGUUCAACGCACACAACGAGCACAUCAGGUGCAAUCAGCGGUUCUUCAACCGCAUCAUGGGUGUCGAGGACUGCCUCACUGUGAACGUGUACACUCCAAUGGAAACCAGCGGCCAAGGACUGCCUGUCAUGGUGUUCAUACACGGCGGAGGAUUCAGGGAUGGCUCAGGAUCACCCUUCAUCUACGGUCCAAAAUUCUUAGUUAAACAUGGAAUUAUCUUAGUAACAGUCAACUACAGAGUAGAAGUACUUGGGUUCCUAUGUCUUGGUAUUGAAGAAGCUCCCGGUAAUGUGGGGUUGAAAGACCAAGUGCAAGCGCUGCAGUGGGUGAAGCGAAACAUUCGAGCGUUUGGAGGCGACCCUGACAAUGUCACUAUAUUUGGUGAAAGUGCAGGAGCUGCUUCCGUCUCAUACCACUUAGUGUCUCCGAUGUCUAAAGGCUUGUUUAACAAAGCUAUCAUGCAAAGUGGGUCUAGUUUAGCACCUUGGGCCUUGCAAUUUGAGCCUCUAGAGACUGCAAGUCGGCUGGCUCAAGAAAUGGGCCACACGACACGAGACCCUCUCGAGAUUCACAAAUUAUUCUCAAAUAUGACAGCUGAGGAUCUGUUGUCAUACCGUGUUCCACGACAAGAGGGUGACAUCGUGCAGUCUCAGAACAUCUUCGUACCGUGCAUCGAAAAGAAAAUACACAGAGUAAAACAGUUCCUGCCAGACAGUCCUUACAACCUGAUCAAAGGAGGGAAAUACAAUAAGGUACCCGUCAUUAUUGGCUUCAACAACGCUGAGGGUCUAUAUUUUGCUGGCAAAGAAAACGAAACUACUUUAGCUAACUUAGAUCUAUUUAACGCAUUGCCACGAGAUUUAACGUUUCCUUCUGAUAAAGAGAAAAUGGAAACAGCAGAGAAGGUGCGUGAGCUGUACAUGGGAGACGAGAAGUUUACAAAAGAAAUUUCUUCUUUAGAAAAGUUGGCUCGGUACGAGGGUGACGUGGGUAUCACAUACCCGGUAGUAGCUACUAUAGACCUGCUCCUGCGGACACUGGACAAAGCAGUUUAUGCGUACAAGUUCAGCUAUGAUGGAUUACUGAACUUCUCCAAGUUCGCGUUUGGGUUCCGCAAAACGCCAGGCGCCACUCAUGCUGAUGAAAUAUUCUAUCUAUUCAGCUCUUUAACGCUGAAUGGGCAUCUAGAAAAGAACUUUAUUGAGAAAUUCACAACGUUGUGGACCAACUUUGCCAAAUAUGGUGAUCCAACUCCGUCAUCAUCACUAAUCUCGCCGCGAUGGGAGCCAGCAGAGGCGCAAAGUCCCCAAGUAUAUGUGAUAGACAAAGAGAGCUCCGUAGCACCAGUGUGGGAUGACCAGGGCCUGCUGUUCUGGAACCAAACAUACUCCAUGUACAGGAGAACUCAAUAAUUAGGAAUAAUUUAGAACAAAUUCACAUCAAGCUAUACUACGAAUUUGUAAUAGAUUAUCAACUUUAGACUAU